ACCUCGCAAACAUAGUCCAAGAAACCAAACAUGGAGAAGGAAGAGAAGGAUGCCCAGACCAAGAACGCCAAGGCAGCGAGGAGCAAGAAGCAUACAAGGCUCCAGAGGUCAUUCCUCCGCUUCUCCAGAGCCCUCAAGAAGCUCCAUGGCCGCGGCCAUGCGAACGACAACGGCGAGCCGCCGUCGUCCUCCGCCACUUCGUUCCUGUCCGGGUGCAUGCACCCCCGGACACACUCCUUUGCCUCUGUCCGCCGCCACCGCCACUUCGCCGCCGCUAGCCGCAAGCACGAGGAAGAUGGCGACGACGCUCUCGCCAUCAAUUUUCAGUCUCUCCGGGUCGGCACGACUCCUGUUAUUGCCGGCGAAGACGGCUCGUCGACGCAGAACUAUAAUAGCGACGGCGGGGGUGAGGAGGGCGACGGCGUGCCGGUGCCUGCGGCGGACAAGGCGGUGGUCGGUGGCGCCGGCGUCGCGGUGGUGACGUUCUCGGCCGCGCCGUACGAGGACUUCCGGCGGUCCAUGCGGGAGAUGAUGGACGCCGCGCGGAGUGAGGCCGAGGCCGGGGGGAGCGGCGCCGCCCCGGCGUUGGCGGUGGACUGGGACUUCAUGGAGGAGCUACUGUUCUGCUACCUCCAGCUCAACGACCGCGCGGUGCACCAGGACAUCCUCCGGGCGUUCACCGACACGGUCGCCGCUCUCCGGCGGAGGCGCAGGACGGCGGCGAAGAGCAGGCGGACGCGUCGGCAGCGGCGGCUGGCUAACGAAGACGGCCGCGACGGUGCCGAGGCGGAGGCGGUGGCCUCGUCGUGA